AUGGCGAAAGCAAAGACAGUAAUGGCUUUCAUGGGCAUGGCGGCUUUGAUUGGCGCUGCUGACGUGGCUGCACUAGAGUCACUUGAGUGUUUCAAUUGGGUACCGAUAAAGUACGCCUUGGCUCCGUGCAUUGACUUCAUUGCAGGCAACGAUGAAUGCCCAUCUCCAGUGUGUUGCAAAGCCUUUGCUAACACCAACCCAGAUUGUUACUGCCAGAUGUUGAAUGGCGAUACCGGACUUGGAGUUAAGAUCAAUUUUACCAAGGCGUUUGCUCUUCCUACGGAUUGCGGCAAAGAACCUAUAUACUGCGCAGCUGAAGCUCCAGCUUUGCCAGCGGUUCCAGCUGUUCCUAUUGCUCCAGCUGUGCCAGCUACUCCAGCCGUGCCAUCAACUCCAUAUUUUCCAGAAACUCCUGGUCUUUCUCCUGUUCCCAUUUUCAGAAAACUGAUGGGUGUCUAA